UAUUUAUCGUCUCUCAAGUCUCAAGUCCAACGCUUCAGUUCACCUACCGCUUCCGACAAAACUCUUUUAUACCUUCUCCGCCGAGAUCUCCUCCAUGGCUCCGAUUGCUGUCGGCGAUGUUGUACCCGAAGGAACUAUCUCCUUCUUCGACGAGAACGAUCAGCUCCAGACUGUCUCUGUUCACGCCCUCGCCGCUGGUAAGAAGGUCAUCCUCUUCGGUGUCCCUGGUGCUUUCACCCCCACCUGCAGUAUGAAGCAUGUGCCUGGAUUCAUUGAGAAAGCAGAGGAGCUGAGGUCAAAGGGUGUUGACGAGAUCAUUUGCUUUAGUGUGAAUGAUCCGUUUGUCAUGAAGGCAUGGGGGAAGACAUACCCGGAAAACAAGCAUGUCAAGUUUGUGGCAGACGGUUCAGGAGAAUACACGAAGCUUCUUGGACUCGAGCUUGACCUCACGGACAAGGGCCUUGGUGUUAGGUCAAGGAGAUUUGCUCUGCUGCUCGAUAACCUUAAGGUCACUGUUGCCAACGUUGAAUCUGGCGGCGAGUUCACUGUUUCCAGCGCCGAUGAUAUCCUCAAGGCUCUCUAAGAAACUGUAUCAUCUGUGUGUAUCUCUGGCCUGAUUUCUGACAAUAUAUUGGGCAUAAUAAUAAAGUGGUUUAAGUUGCUAUUUUAAUAAUAAUAAACUAUUGGUUCUUCUU